UGGUGUGUGACCGUGUGAGCGUAGGGGUGGAAGAGAAAUGUGUGUUCGAGGUUAAGUUGUUGUUAACGUAGCACGUGAUACAUUGAGAAAAACACCAUGGGAAAACUAAAUGUUUCCAUUUUGCGGUAUCUCACGAAGGAAGAUUUCCGUGUUCUAACUGCAAUUGAAAUGGGAAUGAAGAAUCAUGAACUGGUUCCUGCACCUCUUGCAGCCUCAAUUGCUAACUUGCAGCAUGGUGGCGUUCACAAAGUGCUCAAGGAUUUGUGUAAACAUAGACUGCUCAGCUAUGAGAGAGGAAAACGAUAUGACGGAUACAGGUUAACAAAUUCUGGGUAUGAUUAUUUGGCACUCAAGGCCUUGACUAUGAAGAAUGUAAUAUCCUCGUUUGGCAACCAGAUAGGAGUAGGCAAGGAAUCGAAUAUUUAUGUUGUUGCUGAUGAGGAAGGAAAUCCAUUGUGUUUGAAACUACACAGGCUUGGGCGUACGUGUUUCCGUAACCUGAAGGAGAAGAGAGACUAUCACCAACAUCGAAGAACUGCCUCGUGGCUUUAUCUUUCUCGUAUUUCAGCCACAAAGGAAUUUGCAUACAUGAAAGCUCUGAGAGACAGAGGUCUGCCUGUUCCCAAACCAGUAGAUUUCAACAGGCACUGUGUUGUUAUGGAGCUUGUAGAUGGGCAUCCCCUGUGUCAGGUUCAUGAGGUCAAGGAUGUUGAAGCUCUGUAUGACGAAUUAAUGAAUUUGAUUGUCAAGCUUGGGAGUCAUGGUGUGAUUCAUGGAGAUUUUAAUGAGUUCAACAUUAUGUUAUGUGAAGAUGACAAACCAGUUAUCAUUGACUUCCCACAGAUGGUAUCCACAUCUCAUCCAAAUGCUGAAAUGUUCUUUAACAGAGAUGUCAACUGUGUCCGUGAUUUUUUCCGAAGGCGAUUUGGAUAUGAAAGUACGCUGUAUCCAUCAUUCAGUGAUAUCAUGAGAGAAGAUACUUUGGAUGUUGAGGUCCUUGCCAGUGGUUUUACACGACAGAUGGACAAAUAUCUCAACAUUGAAAUGGGCAUUGAGGAAGAUGACAGAACUGGUGACCUUGAGGAUGACAGCAGUAGUGUAAAUGUGGAUGAACUGAGACAAGAAGUAGAACAUUUAGUACAAGAGGGAACAUCUCAGAUGUCUGACAAACAGAGAAAUGUAGCAGAAACUCAGACUGUGUACAGCUUGUCUGAAAGAGAUAUCAAGGUAGAAAGUAUUAGGACAUGUGAUGAAAGGACUGGGAAGCAGGGUUCAGUAGGUGAAUGUAGUUGUGUUGACGCAAAGCAGCAACAUACAGAGGAGGGUGGAAAUGAACACCUGCAGAAAUGUGAAGAAAAUUAUGAAAAAUUGUGCCAGAACACUGCAGAGCAAUUAUCUAGGGUCAUUAAAUUUAAAGAUGAAAUUGAAGAGCAUGAUAAGGAGAAUUGUGAAGGCAGUGCCAUGGGCGAUUCUCACAGUGAUUAUAGUGAUGAUGAUGAUGAUGAUACAAGGGACUGUAACAGUGUAACGACAGGCUCAUUUGACACUCGUAGCUUCCGCAGUACUUCCACUGCUGCAACAAUUGCUCCACAGGCCAUCCAAAGUCGUGUAAAGAAGUCAUUAAUGAAACGAGAAGCAGUGCUGGCUCGUCACAGAAUGCGCGUGAAGGGGGAAGCAAGUGCUGUGACGCGUGCCCGCAGGGACAACAAUGAUACCAUCAAGCAGUCAACUGGAAUAUGGGGCUGGGCGUAAUAUUCCUUAGCAGGCAGAACUCGAGAGGUUCCUUUGUGAGGAGAACAUCAGUAUAAACACCAGCUUGAAGUGCUGCAUAGUUGUAAAACCCAGAUUUGAAUUUAUUGGUAACUGGUAAGCCACUAAUGACAUCCUUGUCAAUGCUGCUGCAGUCAUGAAGUUUUGUUGUGGAGAAAAAA